GGCCUGUCACAGGCUGCGCUCUCAUUGCUGCCUGACACCAUGCUGCCCGGGUUACUGCUGCUGGCGCUCUGCCUGGGGCACCUGAAGGCCUUCAAGGUCGUGCAGUCUCAGCGUGUGCCCAUCACCAGCGGGGGGAUGGCGUCCCUCAGCUGCUCCUAUGAAAUUCCACUCUCCGAGGCCAAAGAGGUCCAUGUGUUCCUUCACCGGGUGCUCCACAACGACACGACGUCCUGCGACAAGAGCACGGGCACCUCAGUGGACCCAUUCAAUUGCGCCAUGAGCUCUCAGGAGCAGAACAGCACCCACAGCAGCUUCACGCUGACCAUCGAGAAUCUCAAAAAGGACGACGAGGACGUCUACAUCUGCAAAGUGGAGAAGCGGAAGCCCUUCCCAUACGAGGACGGAGUGGGUGUGGGGACCCUGGUGCUCAUUGCCGCCCAGCUGCCAAACGAAUGUGACAAAGUUCUAGAAAUGCAGCCGGACCCACUGCUGGUCACCGUGGCCGUCAUUGCGGGGAUUCUGCUGCUGUACAGCGUGGCCAUCAGUGUCAGCUGGGGACUUGUAGAGACACGGCGGCGGGCUGCCAUGAAGCUGGACAACAACUCGGAGUACAUGGACAUGCGCAAAGGGCUGGCCAACGGAGGGGGCCGCAGACCGGACCACUGGUGUGCCACAUAGGGGGGCACCACAACUGGCGUGUGAGCCAAAGGGACUGAGGACGAGAGCGGCCAGGCACCAUGAUGGACACUGCAUGGACCUCACUGCCUGGGCCUUUAUUAGUCAGUGUUGUACACUUGAGGGGCACUAGAGAGACCACUUUAUGUUUUACUCAUAAAAAAAACAAAAAACGUCAA